AUGGAAAGCAAUCAAAAUAUCGCAUCUAAAUAUCUAUCUUCUGGUGCUGUUGGAGGUGCUGAAGAGUCAAAAGAAUCUCUCCAAGAGGACCCAUUUGAUCUAAAACCACUGGAGAGUGAAGACCAGACAAAGCCUACCGUGAGGAGCUUCAAAAUUAUGACAAGUAUUGUCUCAAAGGCGCUGGAGAACUUCUUGAAAUACAUCCAAGAUUGCCAAAGAUGCGAAGAAGAUGCCGAGAUAUUGCAUCAAGACUGGGUCGACCAACUAGCUCAACUUAAACUUAGGGCCAGCAACAUUGAAGAAGGGAGACUCUAUGAACUUGAAGAUCUUGACAAAAAAAUCAAUCUGCUGAAGAAGGCUAUGAGCAAGCAAGAUAUCUUUGCUAAGUUUAAGAAUGAAUCUUAUUGGAGACUUCUGGAGGAGGAGGUAGUGGCAAACAUUUAAUCUUGAAGAUAAAGGUUCUUCACUGCAACAACCCGCCCAGCCCAAACCCGCUUUGAACAGACUCCACUUCUCUUCGGCAGGCUUCGACUACUACUAUUGGCUUCAACAGGGCUG